UCUCACCCGGCUCCGGCCUGCCCCGGGACCCGACCCACCCGCCCCGCUCGCCGCCCGGGAAGAUGCGGCUGCUCCCGGAAUGGCUUCUCUUGCUCUUUGGCCCGUGGCUCCUGAGGAAGGCCGUCAGUGCCCAGAUACCGGAGUCCGGGAGGCCACAGUAUGUGGAGCUGCGCCCCGCAGCGACCGGAGGGGGCGCCCCUGGCCAACAGCUCCCGGCGCCCAGGUCGUCCCACGGCCUGGGCACCGCCGGCUCCUGGAGCUGGGCGUGGCCCGCUAACCACAGCACUGCACUGGCCCGGGCGGGGGCGGGGGCGGCGGGAGCGUUGCCCGCUCCGCGCACCAAAAGAAAGCCGUCUAUCAAGGCCGCCCGCGCCAAAAAGAUCUUCGGCUGGGGAGACUUCUACUUCCGGGUACAUACUCUCAAGUUCUCGCUGCUGGUGACCGGCAAGAUCGUGGACCAUGUGAACGGGACUUUUAGCGUGUACUUCCGCCACAACUCGUCCAGCCUGGGCAACCUCAGCGUCAGUAUCGUGCCGCCUUCCAAGCGUGUCGAGUUCGGGGGCGUCUGGCUGCCGGGCCCUGCUCCCCACCCUCUGCAGUCUACCCUGGCCCUGGAGGGGGUGCUCCCUGGGCUGGGGCCCCCGCUGGGGCUGGCGGCCACGGGGCCAGGGUUAGGAGGUACCCUCGGGGGCGCGUUGGCGGGCCCACUUGGGGGCUCCCUGGGAGUUCCUGGGGCCAAAGAGUCACGAGCUUUCAAUUGCCACGUGGAGUAUGAGAAGACAAACCGUGCGCGCAAGCAUCGCCCGUGCCUGUACGACCCAUCACAGGUGUGCUUCACCGAGCAUACGCAGAGUCAGGCCGCCUGGCUCUGUGCCAAGCCGUUCAAAGUCAUCUGCAUUUUCGUCUCCUUCCUGAGCUUUGACUACAAACUGGUGCAGAAGGUGUGCCCAGACUAUAACUUCCAGAGCGAGCACCCCUACUUUGGAUAGUGCGCCCCUCCCUCGCCCGGGCCCUGAGCUUCCCGCUAAAUCCCGGCCUCCCCAAGUGGGACCCUUCCCCGUGCCCCUCAAGUCCUGUGGCCGCGUCCACCCUUCCAUCCUGGGGGCGGAGAGGAACAGCCCUCCCCGGGAACAUCAGCCGGCGUGGGUCCUCUUUUCCUUAUUGGGAGUGCCUACGAGGCUGGGCUAGUCUCCUCAGCUACACCCCAAAGUGGAGGGGCAAAGCGCUGCCCAGAAUAGGCGGUUCCAGCGUCCCCUACAUCCACAUGGGUCCCCUUUACGUCCCUGACGCUGGGCUGGACAUUCCCUUUGCCCACAGCUUUAAUAAUGCCUGGCCUGGCAUCCUCAUCUUCCCUGACUUUCUUGCCCCCAGGCGCUUUUCCUCCUGCUCCACCCUGUCCUCAUGUAAAGACUAAAGAAGUAUAAGCCGCGGCCUGUCCUUUUCCCCUACUGCCUGCCGUAUGCCUGUCCCCUUUCCCCAAACCCCAAUUAAGGUAGUGAAAGCAGACUCCUGGGUAGGCAAUGGACUCCACAUCCUGCCCUAUGCCCGCCUCCUUCCCGUCCCUGUGGUUCUGCUCCACCUGCCCCUUUCCCGGCUGCUUCCUCUCCGUGGUAUUUUUUCUACUCCAAAACAGACGAGAAAGGAAACAAAAUAAAGUGAAAUCCAAUACGA